CUCCCCUCCACUGAACCCAAGAGUAUCCUCCACUCUAACCAACUCAGCUCCUCUAAUAUCACUCUGGACUGGGACCCUCCCUCCUCUACUGGUGGUGUGUCUGUUAGCUAUGUCCUCACCAUCUCCCCAACACCUCUCUCCGGGUCACCAGCCACCGUGGAGACCACCUCAGUACAGAUAACUGUCUCCUAUAACACUCCCUACAAUGUGACCAUCAGAGCUGACAACUGUAUUGGAAUGAGUCAAGAAAGUCAAAUUGUACAUUUGAUGGUGUGCCCCACACCAUCUACUGCUGCUAUGGUGACCAUCACCAACACACCUUCAGUCACUAUUGGUAGAUCCGUGCUCACCUUCACUUGUAGUGGAGACAAUGAAGUGAGGACCUCAACCUGUGGCAGUAGUGGGUGGUCUCCUGACCCUGGGACCUUUGACUGUGGCAGUCUGAUUACAAUCGCUUGUGGUUCUCCUGCUGCACCGUCUAGAGGCAGUGUGGACGUCCGUGUUGGGACACCACCCUUCUCACUGGGUUCAGAGGUCACCUACCGUUGUGAUGAGGCACUGUUCCCCCUUGAUGUGAGGACCAGCACAUGCACUGAUGUGCGGGGUAGGGGAGAGUGGGUGGAGAAUCCUGGGAGCUUGGUGUGCAGGGAGAGGCCAGUUAACUGCGCUCUACCUGUUGAGCCCUGCAAUGGUGCUAUAGUGGACUAUGAGUUGUUGAAUGAGACAGUGUUGGAGGGAACAGUGCUGACUUACCAGUGUGACAAUAGACUCUCACUGACUGGACCCAACAACAUCACUUGCACUAAUGCUGGAGUCUGGAGCACUGAGCCUGACACCAUCAUGUGUGUACUUAGAAUGAAUGAAGUGUCUCCUGCCGUCCCCCUAUCUACUGGUGCAGCAAUAUCUAUCAGCGUGGUCAUCACUUUCAUUGUGACUAUCGUCAUUGAAUUCCUCGCUCGGCUCCUAGUGACCCACUUUUGCUGUCGUAAGAAGGCAGUGUACUCCCCGGCAGCUGAAGGACAAGCUAACUUAACACCCACUGUACCAGCUGGUCCAGUUUAUGAGGAGGUGUCACCCAAAGAGGAGAUUGAGCUAAACACUAACAAGGCAUAUGGACCAUUAGCAUUGUGAAACUCGUUAACAUUAUCCAUUAUUAUUAAACAAGUAAGUGGCAAGACAAAUGAAAUCAUUAUAGCUUUUAAAGACCUAUAUUGAACCUAUAUCGCUUAGUGUUUUAAUUUUAUAGUUU